AUGAGGGACUUGGUGAAGCGUGUGGUGCUGAAGACACACACGUGUCAGGAGUGCGGCAAGUCCUUCAGCAAGAAGGGCAACCUGAAGAGACACCAACGGAUCCACACGGCAGAGGAGCUCUUCACCUGCGGGGAGUGUGGGAGGCGUUUCACCACCCGGGGCCACCUCAUGACCCACCAGAGCAUCCACACGGGAGAGAGGCCUUUCCGCUGCGGGCAGUGCGGGCGCUGCUUCCGCCUGGAGAUAUGCCUGGCCGCCCACCAGAAGACACACGCCAAGGGUGGUCCCUACCUCUGCACCCGCUGUGGCAAGAGCCUGAGCACAAAGAUCUACUUCAACAUCCACAUGAGGACCCACACGGAGAAGAGGCCAUUUGCCUGCACUGAGUGUGGGAAGAGUUUUGUGAAGAAGGGGACGCUCACCGCCCACAAGGAGAUCCAUAAGCGGGAGAAGCCCUUCAAGUGCCCUGACUGCAGUAGGUGCUUUGGGCAGAGCGCCACGCUGCUGACCCACCAGAAGAUACACAAAGGUGAACGGAUAUUCCCCUGUCCCGAGUGCGGGAAGAGUUUCAAUCAGAAAUCAAACCUCACCAGGCACCGGAAGAUCCACACGAGCGAGGGGCCGUACAAGUGCAGUGAGUGCGGGGAGAGCUUCCGCAUGAACCGCAAGCUGAUCCGGCACCAGCGGCUCCACAUGAGCGAGCCGUUCAAAUGCGCCGAGUGCGGGAAGAGCUUCACCCAGCGAUCGAACCUGGUUCGGCACCAGAGGAUCCACACCAAGGAGGAGCCCUACCAGUGCCCUGAGUGCGAGAAGACCUUCAACCAGAAGGCCAAUCUCUUCCGGCACCAAACAAUCCACGUCCGCAUGGGGCCUUGCAAGUGCACCAAGUGCGGGAAGUGCUUCCCCCAGAAGCGCCAUCUCAUCAAACACCAGCUGCUCCACUCCCGAGGUGGGGCCUACAAGUGCGGGGCCUGCGGGAAGCGCUACCGGCUGAAGAAGUACCUGCGGAGGCACCAGAAGAUCCACACGCGGGAAGGAACUGCCCCCCACAUGAAGCGUGGGGAGGCCAUGAGGACUGGUGGUGGGCCCCACCAUAUGGAGCAGGGAGCACUGGCCCCCAUGAAAAGCAAAGAGGAGAGCUGA